GCCGCCUGAGAUGUAGGGUCGAGGUUUCGAUCCGUGCAAAAAUUCACCCGCGUCACGUCGGUCGGUCGGUCGGUCCGUCCGUCCUGCGUAUUAUCGACGGUAUCACAACACUGGUGCGUCGUGCGUUGUUCGCGAGCAGACGCGUUGUUGUUACCUCGGUCAAUCGGUGUGCGGUGUACCUGAGAUGAGGUGAACGGUUUUUGCGGGGGAAACGCCGGAGUAAAGUGAUGACAAGCAUGUCUUCGCCGUGCAUCACAUCCUGUUUGCUGUUGUUGCUGCUGGCUGUCGUUCACUCCACCUCAGAGGUGGAGCGUCCGAAGCAGAGUCGAGUUGGCGGCCAAAGCGGACGGGAAGGGAUAUUACCAGCGGCAGCUCCGGAACUUACUACUUUAAGGACAGCGGUAAACGCGACAAAGGAUAAUAGUGACGAUAUCGCGCGAAUAGGAAUUCCCGAGUUCGCUGAGAAGGAUGAAAAUGACAAAAUCGAUGCAGGUGAGAUAGAUGACAACGACGGAGAGGAGGAGGAGGAAGAGGGAAAAGAAGAGAAAAAAAAAGAGAAAGAGAAAAAGGAGGAAGAAGAGGAGGACGAGGAAGAGGAAGAAGAAGAAGAAGAAGAAGGAGAAGGAGAGGAGGAAGAAGAAGAAUACGAGGGCGAGGAUGAUAACGAGGACGAGUAUGAGGACGAACUGAAGGCGAUCGCGGAGUCCCACGAAGCGAUGUCGAAGGACGAGGCGAGGAACUCGAACGCAUCCUCCGCCGGCGGCGAGCGAGCAGAGACGAAAUUGUCGAGUGUGAAGAACUUCGAUUCCCACGAGAAGAGCAACGAGGACAUGUCCGACGAAGACGUGGCGUCGAAUGAGGCGAUCGGCGGCGACGUCAUCGAGGAGGAGGCUCAAGACGAAGAGGUGGCGGAACUACUGAAGUACAAGAUGGGGAAGAGCGUGAAGGCGAAGGUGAAGCGCAUGCCGACGGUGAAGAAGGAGCUGAGCACCCAGAGGGAAAUAUUGCUGGCCAGCAACGAGACGCAAGUGCCGAAGAGCCUGCUGCCCUCCGAGGAUCCCUUCAAUCGUUUAAGCGGCAAAACCGACUACGUGGAGAGACGGUCUUUGGAGGGAAACGAGGUUCAAGAAGGCGCUUUGGCGGACAGCUUGCUGAAAUUUUUAGUGAAACUGGCAGAAGACCCGAAUAAAUGGCAACGUGUACAUAAAUUCCUCACCAACAUGGAGAAUGACCUGCAAGCCUCAAAGAAUAUCCAAGACACGGUGAAGCGCGGCUACGACACCACGUCGACGCUGUUCAGCAGCACGACGCCAGUCUCGACCAACGCGCCCAAGAAGAGCCGCAAGAAGCCGAAGAAGAAGAAGAAACGCCCGAGGCAUCGGCAAACGACCGUCUCUACGACGACCGUGACGACGCCGGUGACUACGACGCCGAUGACUACGACGGAGACAUGGUCGACGACGACGCCGCAGUGGAGGCUCGUGGCUGAGAGGUUGUUCGGGCCGCCUUGGCAACAGGACGCACACGAAGAGUCGAAAAGCGUGGCCAAACUCCGUUACGGGAUCGCCUCGAAGCCGCGCACGUCGGUCUGGGAACUCGUGGACCAGGACAAGCCGAAGAGUAUCAUGAGGACCGUGAACACCGAGCGGAUACCUUUAUUAGAUUUUCCCCGGGAAUCCAAUAGCCAGUCGCGAUCGCUGAGGUUCGGCAAGAUCAACACUUACCAGCCGCUACGUCUUCAAGAUUCUCGGGAACUCACACCGCUGUACGAUCGACCGGCAGAUUCAGAUCGUCCGGCCGAUUACUACUUAUCUGAAGCGGUCUACCCACCACUGCGCUACACGCCAUCUCGCGAAUUUCUGCGCCGCAGGAACGAGAACGAUUAUCAGGACGACCUAACUCUACAGACGGACAAUUUCGCUUACAAUCAGGAGUACAGACCGUCGAGUAGAGAGUUCACCAGCAAUAAGGUCUGGCCGGAGCUCGCCUACAAGCACAGUCGACCGUGGAGCUCGGACGAACGUCCGCUUUUCACGAUGUCGUCCGGCAAGUGGCCUUGGGCACAACAAAGCGACUUUAAGUAUUGGCCGGAGCGCGAGAAAUACCCGGACCGUAAUUACUGGGCGAGCUUAGGCAGCGAGGAAGACGGCGAUCGAAUGAACCAGGCGGAGAUUGAAGAUUGGCAACAACAACGGCUGCCGCUCUGGGACGCCUCCGGCAAAUCGAACAUUUGGCCCCCGAUGGGAGAUACUUGGAAGACACCAUUGUGGCCGGACAGACCGGUAAAACCGUACGAUCAAUCGACUACAUGGGAGAAGAGUAAGAAUCAUUCCGAGCUGAACAAGAAGGAGGACACGGGCGACAAGGUGGUGCUGCCGAAAAUCACCAUGAAGACGUGGAACAGCCUAACAUCCGACCCCGCCACUUGGCCUUACAAGCUGCCGAGCGCGAAGCCGUGGCCGAAGGACGAGAACGGCAAGUCGUACAACCCCAACGCCGAUCUGGUGAGAAGACUCGGCCUCGACAAGGAGAACAAUGCGAAUUGGUCGAAGGACAAGGACGACAGGACGGGGAGAUUGGUGUUCGAGAAACCGACCAACUCGAUUGUCGCAAAGGACACAUCGAAAAAGAAAGAAUUCGCGCUGCUGAAUGAUUCCAAGUACAAAACGAUCAGCAACAGGAGUAACUACAGUGAUUACAAAAGACCGCAGGAGUCAAUCAAAGAGACGCCUAAUUGGAUGUACCAAGACGUGAAGCAUCCGAAGGAGUGGAUCAAGCCGCAAGUCGCGUCCAGCUCGCCGAAGAACGGUGAUGCGGGCGUUUGGGAGCGAAAGUUUGACAUAUCCGCCGGAAGCCAAGUCAAGAGCGACGGAAACUCCUUCUCGCGUUUCUGGCCUCUCAACACGGUCGCCUCCACCGAUCAAAAGUGGUCAGAUAAGGAGAGAGACGAGCUGGCGGAGUCCUGGAAAGACAAUGCGAAGGACAGUAGUCUGCUGAGCACGAAGGUGAACAAUGGGAACUUCUGGAAGGAAAAGUCCAACGAUUCCUGGCUGCCGAAGACAAAGGCGGACCUCUGGACGACGAGGAUGAAGUCCGCGCCGGUGCCGUGGGGCUCGAAAGUCGGCGACAACAAUUCGUGGACGUCGAAAGCUGACAAUGGCGCCUCGUGGAUGUUGAAGUCCAACGAUGCGGCCUCGUGGACGACGAACGGCGACCUCUGGAGCAAGUCCAACAGCGCCGAUUCCUGGCCCGCCAGUGCCAACGACCUGCCCGCCUGGAGCGUGAAGGAGAAGAGCGUGGGUCUCAUGGCUGACCACGCAUGGACCAAGUCCAACAACGCCGACGACUGGCCCCAGAAGGCCAAGGACGGUAACUCGUGGACGAACAAAUUCGGCGGCAUGGCGUCCUGGAAGAACAACGACGACAAUUGGUCCCGGAAAACGGAGCAGACCUCGUGGCAGCAGAAGAUCAAUGACGACUGGAACAUCGGCUACGGCAAGAACUCGCCUAGUACGUGGCCUUCCAAGUGGAAGCAGUUCGUUUACCACAAAGUGACAGCGGUGCCAAUCAGCAAGCCAGGCACGACGGCCGACGUUUCGUCGCCGAAAUCCAAGAACGCGUUCGUCGCGGUUUCCGCGGUCUCCUCGAAUUACAACGGCAACGACUGGAGGAAGAAUGAUGUGGAGGAGACGAUGCGGGAGGACAACUUCAGGCUGGAGGAGGCGGAUCGGCCCGGAGGCGGCCAGAUCCGAGCGGAGGCCGAACGGCCGAUCUAUGCGUGGAAGAAAGACGGCUCGGAGCUGAGUAAUGCCGGUCGCGGAAAGAGUAAUGGUACUGAACCGCUGGAAAACCAACUGGAGGCCCUGAGGCAGGACGACUUCUGGCCGUACAAGCAGAAUAAGGUCGCACCUAGUGAGGAAUCGGCGUACACCGCGACAUCAACGACUCAAGCAGCAAUAGUAACGAACUUCACGACGAUAUCCCAACUUCCGCGGGAGGAGAGCACGUCCAAGGCCGUGGAGAAGCGGGCCCAGACCUAUCAGCGGGAGAGCCUAAUGAAAUAGGAUUCACAUUUGACCUAACCCUGUUCGAUUGAUACCGAGAUAUCGUUUGCUUCGGCCGAAAAACGACGCGGAAGCAGCAGAGGCGCAGGGAGAUAGCGACGAGAGUGCUUUACAUCGUUAUUCUGUCAAGAUAAUAACUUAUUUUUUCUUCUAAGGGAGAUACAUUCAAUCUCUUCCUCUUGUACGGUCUAGUCAAGCGAUCUCGGUUCGCGAAGAACACACGGGACAUUUGGAGUCGGUGGGAAAAUUCGUAGCGACUUUCGACAAAAUUCGUCUCUCUUAUACUUAGAAAGAACGAAGUACAAAUUUAAUCUUCGCUGCCAUGUCGCUGCCGGAGACCCUAUACUUCUUCAGUCACCCCGCCGGGUCCUAUUGCGAGAUGGAAACGCGUGGGCUGCGAUGUGUAAACGCCAGGGAAACCGAUACAAGUGAAAUUCAAGGAAAAUCGAAGCACCAGACACCGACUUUAUAUUUCCAUUCACGCACUGCGCUAAAAACUUUCCCACCGACCCAAUGGAUUAAGAAAGAUUUAUUUGUCUUAGGUUCUUAAGUUCUCUCCCAAGCUCUCUCUCUCUCCCUCUCUCUCUCUCUCCCCCCCUCUCUCUCUCUCUCUCUUUACUCCUCUCUCUUUUUUCCUGUUUCAACCCCACAAUGCUGAUGUGUGUGUGAAUGAUUUGUCGUGACGUCCUCAGUACACACGCGCGAGUAUAUUAUUUUAUAUUAUAUUAAGAUUAAUUAAAUAUAUACACACGCACAUACGUUGCACGUGCACUGAGCUGCUCACAUCGCAUAAACGUGUAUUGUAGAAGAUUCUUUUGUCACGGUCUGCGACAACGUACGCGUAGCCGGUGAAUUCUGUGCUCUACUUGAAAUGCGCAUAGCUAUUGUUCUCGGUCGUGUGGCAUGAUCCUAGAACACAAUAGGAGGGUUAAGGGAAUUUACUUAGCAAAUUCGAUUGCACACACGCUCCAUUAUCCUCGCGCGACGACGUCGGAUGAAUUAGUUUUUCCUUCCGGGAAGAUCAUAAGUCCUGUUUUUUCUAGCUACACUACUGCGCAGUUUUUUGCGCGUAAAAUAAAGCGAUAGCAUAACGUUUUGCUUCAAGAGAGAAGGCGGAGGAGAGAAGAGAGUAUGUGUAGCUAAAAAGAACAGACCUGUAGUAAUAUCGCCGCAUUUUUCGACGACAGAAAUAACAAUGACUUAUCAGAUAUCAUUUAUAGCUGGCUUAACAGUUAUUUUUUUUUUAAUGAUAAUUGCAAGAGAAUUGGUUUUCUCGUGAAGAAACAGUAAAGAUAUGAUAUCAUAAUAUAAUCAUUGGUCGAUCGACUUUAUGGAUAAGUUUAUGUGUUACUAUCGUAUAUUAUUCAAUGCACAGUAAUUAAGGUUAUUAUAAUUAUCAGCUAGUCUUAUUAAAACUAGUCAUUAUAAUCUCUAGUCAGACGAGACUUCAAGACGCAAAGAGUUAGAAGGAGAACGAGAUGAAAACACAGACAUUUAAUAAAUUCUUUAACGAAUCUUUGAAGCACGAAGAAUCUUCACGCUACAUCGAGGAUGCGUAAAAAAAUCACAAAAACAAAAUGGAUAAAUAUGUUUAACGAAUUGCUUGAUAAACGUAAUGUUAUGCAAGACAAUUAUGAUAUAAAUGUGGAAUUGUUGUGUUAUAUUUAAUGAAAACUAAAGAAAAAAAAGGACACUUGUAACCCGGGAAUAGGUUGCAGAAGUUAAGAAAGAAAAGCAACUUUGGAUCCCUCGGAACCUGAUUCAGAAUACAGCAUAAUCGAAAUCGAUAAGUGUCCAAUCGAGAAGUGUCUACAUGAGAGGAACGCGCGCGUACGUUACACGAUAUUACGAUGUAGAUUGUAUAAUUACUAUCACACAUUCACACCACGUCCAAGAGCAAUAGUGGCUAGGGCGUACUAAGCUUUCGAAACGGCCUUGAAGGUAAACCCCGUCUUUUCAAGCCUCCAUUCGAUAGCCUGAGUUACUCACAGUUCACUGUGUAUAUCCGUGCAACAGCAAACGUGCAAAACUCGAUAAAUUACGACCUCACUUAUUAUUUAAUGUGCAGCACACCGUUGUCGUAUAAAGGUCUGUGAAAUAUAGCCACUAGAGAAAAUGGUUCUGUUGUAAAUUAAUGUUAUCCUUGUAUAUACAUAUACGCGAUUCGAAAUAGGGUAUAGCAGCGUUAGAGCGUCGUUUUACGACCGGAUUACAUGCAUUCGAUUUUUUUCGGAGCGAAUUACUCAUCUGUCUUAUUCGGGAAAUAUUUAUCGCAAUAUCUCCUUCAGGGAACAAUUACUACGAAGAAUACGAAUUUUUUCUCCAACUUUAUGUCAGAUUAAGAUAUAAAUAUCUAUAAACGAUAACAUUGUUUUUUAUUGAAGUUGAUCAAUAAAUUCAGUAAAUCGAUAAAAAGUAAUCGAUCUUUUCAAUUACUAUUUAUAUCGAAAAUUUGUUGUUAUUUGAAGAAUUUGAUUAUUAAUUUUAUGUAAAUUAAAUAUGUUGAAAUCUUAAAUGUAAAUUCCAAAAACAGUAUUAUUGUCUUAAUUUACCCUAAAGAGAAAAUUGGCAAGAAAAAAUCUGAUUAUAAUUUUAUUAAAAAACAAUAGUUUUUUGUCUAGGAUAUUUUUUUAUUUGUCGAAAGAAAUAUAUAUUAGUUCUUUUCGUAGAUAUAUCGUCGCAAAAUAUGGAUAAAUGAUUCUAACAUUUAUAUUCAGAUAUUGCACCCACAGAGUUAUCAUAUAUUGUCAAAUUUAAUAUAGUUUAUUCAAUACAAAGUGUUUCUCUUUCAGAGUAGACUAAAUUUUAAUGGCAAAUUCAGCGACGGUUUUAUUUUUAGGAAAAUUUAAUUAAACAUCUUUCCUCACGAUAUUCUAUUCAAAAAAUAAUCGCGUCUCAGAAAGAAAUUAUCUAAAAAUAAAGUCUAUCUUUACAAGUCCGAUGUGACUUUAAAACGAGUUCGUAUAUUCGUAUACUCUGUCAUAUGAAAUAUAAACAAGAAGGUAUAUUUUAAGGACUGUGGUACUCAUAAACAGUCAAGUAUUUGUUAUCCAGAGGAUAACAAUGUUCAGAGCGUAAACAAGCAGUCGUUACUUACCGAAUAUAUAAAAUUUCUCGUGGAAUAUUCGCUUUCAGGACUUCGCGUUAAUACUUUUAUAUACAAAAAGCGAGAAAAAAAUCAACUUAUGUAAAAAGAAAAACGUAUCAGUCUAUUAAAAAAAAAAAAAAAGAAAAAUAGACCAGACGGGCCUUUGUUUUCUUG